UACAACCAUUUAAAAAGCAUGUUUCAAUCCUGUUAUCUCUAUUUAAUUUCGACCAAUCAAGAAUUCUGAUACAUCCUAUAUCUGCCGUAGAUACAUACCUAUCUAUGUGUACUACUUAUUCAAUCACGAUAGUUAGAUAGUUACAAGUGUCGGGAGUCCGACAGUCGAGAUUUAUUCGAGUGUCAUUCUAGAAAGACACGGAGGUAGUUGUGAGACGUUACAGCAUGAUUCCGGAUAAGUUUGAACUCCGUUAGCUGUCGUCAAUUGAUAAAAAGGUGAUCGUUAUCAAGAUCGGGGGACUUGAACUUAACACUGAAAUCGCGUGUGAUAGUGACGCAAAGCGAUGUUAACGAUAUUCCGUAUUAUCACGAUUGUCGGCUGUGAAUCGCUCGAUCCUCGAAUUUAUUUAAGUUUUUCAUAAAUUCGAAUAAUAAACAUUAAUUUAGAACGAUGAAGCGUGCUCGAUGUAUUGUUCGUAGAAGUCGUUUCUGAAUAGCUAACAAUUACUGAAAUCGGUGUAAUGAUCGUCAAAGUAUCAGAUGGUUUAUUUUGGGUGCCGAAAUUUCUCGUCAACAAAAUCCUGAUUUAUUGACACAGGCGAGAGAAAAGUGAAAAAUGACGGAGAGUUUAAUAAAUGAGUGGCUGGCAGACUGUGCGGAUGUCUCGCUCUCAGAGCUCCACACUUUUGCUACCACUUUGUUACAAGACAACGAGAUAGUCAGAGCACUUUACGUGCUCUUAGAAGAACGUGGCAAAUAUAGUCAGUUGGUGGAUACAGUAUGUGAUCAGUUGUAUAAUUUCUAUCGCUCUCGGGAAACAGAAUUGCAAAGGUUUACCUUGCAGUUUCUACCAACAUUAGUAUACAUUUAUUUAAAUUCUGCAGCUCACGGCGAUAUCAAGAAUUGUCGAUCUGUAGAAACAUUAUUGAUCGGAUUGUACAAUCUGGAAAUAGUAGAUAAAUCUGGGCAACAAAAAGCAAUUUCUUUUAGAUUACCGUCGCUUGCCAUGCUUUCUAUAUUUCACGAGCCUGCGAGUCUAGCGCCUGCUUCUUUGACAGAGAGCGCAGUACGCAGAUUCGAAGAGUGCAAUACAAAAUUGGUCAGCUGGGGGCCGUUGCAGCAAGUAGAAACGCUGAAUGCGCAGAACAGAUUAAAAGUUAUGACCGCUCUGCUCUUCAUCUACAAUCAACAGCUUGGUUACAUAAGUAAAUUCGCUUUGGAACAAUUGUGCAAAGUUGCUACCAAGCUCGUCACUCAAGGAUUUAUGAAACCUGGGCAUCAUCAACGAUCUUCAUACGGAAGCGAGUCUAGUUUUGUCCCGAGACUUUUACCGCGUAUACCUGUGUCCAGUCAAUUUCUCCUUGAAUUCUUGCAUGCUGUAUAUUUUGCUAUGUAUAAUGACUGUUGGAAUGUAGGAAAUCAAGCAGUAGAAGAUAUUCAUAAUCGUGCAUGUUACGAGGCGUAUCCAGAUGUUAUGCUAGUCACAAAUGCUAUACGUAAUUCCGCUAGUUCUGGCCCGUCAGGUCACCUUAGCGAAGGACCAAUCGGUAUUAGUGUCGCGUUAUCACCAAGCGCAACCGCGACGGUAUCUAAAUCUAUGAUCACAAAUGCCUCCUUCCGAACUAAAAAAUUACCAGAUGAUAUACCGAUUCAAGUAACAAAGGAAGAUUCCGGGGGUGAAGGUAAGAGUAAUCUUGUAUCGAUCACAGAAGAAGAAACCGCGGAACCGAACAGAGUUGGCACGACGAGACAAUCGAAGGAUCAAAAGACUGCUUCAAAGAUGACGAAUUUUCAAGUACUUGGGAAAAAGCCUCGGGAAAAGGAUGGUAAGGUAACUAAGAUUCCUCAUGUCAGUGCGUCCGAAAAGGAGAAGAAACUUGGAUCACAGGCGACCUCGAAAGAUAGUAUCAAAGGUAGUUCCUCAAUGUUGAAUAGUGAAUCGACGGAAAUCGAUGGCAAUCGGGACUCUAAUGUUUCUUUGAUUGAAGGGGAACGUCUUGCCUUAGGUGGCGAUAUAGAUAAUACUAAUAUGGAAGCUCCUAUUAAUCUAAGAACACAUAAUGAAACAGAAUCAAUGACUUCAUCUAUUCAGGUUAGCUCUGUUUAAAUUAUUAAAAAUAGGUUUAUAAUACGAAAUGAAAAGAAAAAAAAAACAAGAAAAAUAGUAGUGGGCUAUACUGAACGACUACAUUGUUCUGCUAAAUCGGUUGUGUGUAGUUUAUGCUUUUCCUACAAUUAAGCAUUUAUGUAACAUGUUUUGUGUAUUAUUUCAUUAACUCUAUGUAGAAAGACUAAGGGGGGGGGAGGGAGGGAGAAAAAAAGGAUAACGGUUACAUAAUUACUUUAUCAUUCAGCAUUACCAAAGUCUGCUCCAUGUAGCUAACUGAAUCUUCAAUCAACACUGUAAUCAAGAUAUGUUGGUAUCAGUUUGUCCAAUUCAUGUUUUGUAAAUUACUUUAAAAAUAGUAAAUAAUAAAGAUCGUUGCCUAAUAAAAAAAAAAUAUAAAAAACGUAGAUGGGUUCGGAGAGUCACCUCCCUUAGACUUCAAUGUAACAGUAUAUAACUCGAUCGUUGUAGAAUUAAAUCACAAAAUGUAGUGGAGUUUCUGAGAAACAUUGAAACAGCAUUUAAGGAAAUAUUGUGAUUGGAAGCAAAGGUUUUUGUAUUCAGAGUUGUUUCAGAAAUGGCUCAUUACUAUACCGAUCUCCGUAAUUAGAUUAAAAAAUUGAGAGAAAAAAAAAUAUAAUGGGGAAGGGAACAAUAAAAUAACAAUAUAUAAUUUCCUUCGAUGGAUGUAUAUAAAUGUAUAUUAAACUUGUUCUGUUAAUUGUCUUUGUAACAUGCCUUUUAAUGUAUUGAAUAGAUUUAUGGUUUUUGCAAACUUUUUACUUAUGAUUUUUCUACGGAGUUUAAUAAUUAGGAGACUCGGUAGACUUUUGUUAAAAGAAAAAAAAGGAGAAAACUCGUAAUAACAUUAGUCGUUACCGAUCUAGUAUUCGAAUAAUUUAAAACAUAAAUACUUUUAAACCGAAAAUAUGUACUUAUUUCUAUUUCCCUCUAAAUUACAUUCAUUGUUAAAUUAAAUGGUAUUACUUCUUCAUGAUUAAAAUAUUUAAUUAUAUCGUGCUUGUGUUAAAAUUUUUGUUGCAAAAUCUAAAGCGUAUAAGGGUGAGAAAAAACGGCUAAUAAUUGUACAAGGGACAGUAAUUAUAAUUCUGUGUUCUAUGACAGAAACUAAUCAAAACGUGUUUUAUAUUUUCAUGAAAAAUAUAAUUUAUUAUAUCUUUAACUAUUGGAUACUCUGUGAACAGAAUGCAACACGACUGACUUGUCUUUUUAGACAGUAUAAAAAUAAACUUAGAAAAAUCUUGUAAAUUUUCGUAACAAUCAUAUUUUCUAUAAUGUAUCUUUAUGCCUGCCUGUAUGCAUAUAGUUGCCUGUAAGUUAUGUUUAGACGAUGAUGCGUUUUUGUAUAAAUUUCUACG